AUGGCAAUGAUGGAACCAAGAAAUGGAAUUUCUGCCAGGAAUGGUGACAGCACAAACCAGGUGAUGCAUUGUGAUGCCAGCAGUGAUGGGGCUGAGUUCUUCCAAACCACCCUGACUGUUCAGACAAAACUUGCUGCCCCGCAUACACGCAUUCAGUGGAUAGGCAAAAUGAAUAGCAAGUUUGAUUUUAAGAGCAUCAGUUCAAGUCAGGAGUCCAUUAGGGGUGACCUUCAGAGACUUCUUAGCCAAGGAGAAUAUGCUCCUUUUACCUCUGCUCCCAUCUUCGAGAGCAAGUUUGCCCAGGUUAAUCAAAGAGGGGAACCAAUUUCUGUCCAUAACCGACCCAGCUGUGUGACCAUCGGCAUCUGUGCUGCCAAUCCCAGUUCACCAAUGCCCAAUGUAAUGCUGGUAGCAUGUGAGGUGCCUGUAUGCCCACAGAAAAGCAUGACAAGCUCCUGGAAACUCUCAGAGGAGCCACCCCACAUGGAACAGCUAGCACUUACCAGGCUCUUCCCCUUGGAGUUUGUGGAACUCUCUGUCCACAGCACAGAUAAGCAUCACCUCAUGUUAAAAUUAGUAAAUGGUCAUUGCUAUUAUCUAGAACUCUGUGCCCUGCCGGAUCGGCAACAACACCUAUUCCACCUGUGGCUGCAGCUCGUCUCCCUCCUGAAACCCCCAGAAAAUACAAGCAACACUGAAGUCGAUGUAAAAUGCAAGGAUUUUGGCACAUGUCACAAGAAAGCUCCCGGCUCAAACAAGCAAUCAGAAAAUAGGGACGACCCACUAGAUGUGCCUAACCCCAAAGCAGAGGAAGAAGUUACUAAACAAACCUCCUCCAACCAGGUUCCCCUCUCAGGCACAGUGGGUCCCACAGAGAGUGGAAGGAAAGGGGAAGUCUUCCACAGCUCUCUGAAACCAAUCAGGCAAGAAACCACUGUGCAGUCAAAGAAUAUAGAUCCUCUGGAUACAAAGAAGAGCAAAGGCACAGAAAAGAGGAAUAUUAG